AUGGGGAAAGUAAAGAACGUUGCUGAGAGUAUCAUCCAGAAAAAAGGGUUUGGAAUAUGGCCUAAAGAAGUUGUUGAAUUACAAGUUGAUGAUGAUUCGGAUUAUGAAUUGAUUCAAACAUUAAAUAUUGAAUAUCGUUUCCAAAAAUUCUUAAAAUUGAAUAAAUUAGAUGGACUGGUUCCAUUGACAAACCCUGUACAAGAAUUUGAAAGUUUUAGUUUGGAAUUUCAAGAAUUGUUAUCAUCCACAUCAUCAAUAUUUGUUAAAUUUAUUAUAUUGAUAAAUUUGGGUCAUAUUAAAAUAUUACAAAAUCAAUUAGAUCAAGGGAUUGAAAUUUUGAGCAGUGCAAAUUUAGAAAUUGAUUCUCAUAAUAUAAAUAAUUAUAUUGAAUCAUUAUUUUAUAAAAAGCAUUAUUUAUUAUCAAUUUCAUUCCAUUAUAUUAAAAACUUAACUCAAGAACAACAUUGGUUGAAAAAAAGUGUUAAUUUUUUCCCAAGAUUACCAUCAUUAUCAAAUAUAGAAUCAUGUAAAUGGUUAUAUUUAAUCUAUGAUAGGAUUUUAUUAUCAAACAAUCCGAUAACAAUUGAAUUAAUUGAUCAAAUUUUCCAAAAUAAAAAUUAUGUAUUAUCAUUUAUAAAUUAUUCUUUAAACAAGGGUAUUAAAUUUGAUUCAAAAGACGUCACAAAAUUUGUCUCUACAAGAUCUAAACUUUUAUUAUCAAAUACUCAAUUCCCAAAUUCUGAUGAAACAAAUAAUUUAGAAUUAGAAGAAUUUUUAAAUUUAGUUAAUGAUUGUCCAUUGAUAAAUCCAACAUUAACAACAGAAUUAAUUGAAUCAGGUAUUAAUAAAACUUAUCAAUCACAUCUUUUGUUACGUUCAUUAACAGGGAAUUAUUUAAAAUUAAAUAAAAUUGAAGAAUCAUUACAUAGUUUUGAAGUUUAUUUUGAAUAUAUUGAAAAUUAUUAUCAUCAAAAUAAUCAAUCAUAUAAUGAUAUCAUGGGGAUUUUAGAUAUUUUUACACAAAUUUUAAGUUAUAAAUUUAAGUCAAAUAAUGAUUUAAAAAUAACACAGGAUGAAUUUGAGAAAUAUUUGAAAAUUAUGAAUAAUUUUAAAAAAAUUUUGGAAGUUUUUUAUAAAAAUAAUGAAAUUUAUCAAGUUGAUUUUGAUUAUAAUGUUUUAGAACCAAAUUUAAACUUAAACAAUGAAAUAUUAAAUCAAAAAUUAUCAAAAUUUUGGUAUAUAUUAUCAAUAACAAAUUUAAAAUUAUAUACUUCAUCAAAUUCAAUUUUCCCAGAAACUGAAACAAAUUUAAUUAAAUCAAUAAUUUUUUUCAAAAAUUCUAUAUAUAAUGAUUUUGAUAAUAAUGAAAUUUUGUAUCAAUAUGUUAAAUUUUUAACAUCAAUAAGAAAAAUUAAAGAAUCUUAUUUAAUUUUAAAAACAGUUUUAUCAAAUUUUACAGAAAAGACAAUUUUUUAUUUUAAAUCAUGGCAUUUAUUAACAUUAAUUCUUUCAAUUGAAGAGAAUAAAGAUGAAUCUUUUAAAAUUAUAAAUUUUUUAAUUAAUGAAAUUCAAGAAUUUAUUGAAUUACAGCCUCAAGUUUCAUUUGAAUUUAAAGAAACAUUUAUUCAAAUUAAAAUCACACAAUUAUCAAUAAUUGAAUCUUUAUUUGGGAUUGAACAAUGUUUAGAUUCAUUACCAGAAUUAUUCAAUCUUUAUAAUCAAUUAUUUGAAAUUGAAUCAACUCAACAAAUUGAACAACCUUCAGAAAUUGAUUCAACAAGAUCUUUAAAAAAAAUUUCUACAUUAAAUAAAAAAUUAAAAUCAAUAAAAUCACAUAAAGAUCAUGCCCCAAUCCCACAUUCUAAACCUCAACAUUCAUUACAAAAUAAAUUAUUACAAAAAAUUUGGUUAAUUACAUCAACUAUAUAUUUUAAGGCAAAUUUAAUUGAAGAUUCAGAACAAUCAAUUAUUGAAGCUGAAAAAGUUUAUGGAGCCACAGCUGAGACUCAUGCAAUUUUAGGAUUAAUAACAAGUGAAAUAAGACCUAUAUUUGCAUUGGAAGAAUUUGAAAAAUCUUUAAUAUUAGAACCAAAUCAUUCAUUAGGUAUAAUUGGAUUAAGUAAAUUAAUUUUAACUCCAGGUAUAAAAAUUUUCACAACUGAAAAAGAUUUAAAUGCCGGUUUGGCAAGGAUUAAAAUUUUGUUGGAAUUACAAGUUAAAUUUUUUGAAAAUUAUUAUAUAUCAGAAAAUUGGUGGUUAUUAUCAAAAAUUUAUGAAAAAUUUAAUGAUUUGGAAAGGUUUAAGUUUGCAAUUUGGAAAAGUAUUGAAUUAGAAGAAACUAGACCAAUUAGAGAUUUUAAAAAUGUAUAG